AUGAGUCAAAACAGUGCGUUGCAGUCAAAAGAUUCAACAAAAAAUUUAAUUUUAAAAACAGCACGGAAGUGUUUUGUGAAGAAGGGAUUUGCAGGAACAUCAAUUUCUGACAUUGCUAAAGUCGCAAAGAUUAAUAAGAGUCUGAUCUAUCACCAUUUUGAAAACAAACAGCAUUUAUGGAUUUCUGUAAAACAGGACUUGGCUCAUUCUUUUUCCAAGAGGAUAAAAGAAAAGGAUGUGCGUUUUGACACGCUGAAAGAGUUUUUAAACCAUGUGGUGAGAGAGCGCUUUUUAGGCUAUGCUCAUAAUAAAGAUAUUGUUCAAAUGAUUCAUUGGCAGGCUUUGGAAAGCGAUAGAGAUGCCUUGGGAUCUUUUAAAGAGAACCCCUGGAUUAAAAUGUUGGAAGACUUUCAAGAGACAGGAGUGGUGCGCAAGGAUGUUCCUGCGGACCUCCUUCUUCUUUAUGUUCUUACAGCACCUGUAGGCACCUUUUUAAGCCCGGCUUCUUUUUAUCAUAAAUUGCCUAAGGACCAGCAAGAAGCUUAUCUCGCCUUUGUGUUAGACUCUAUCGAGAUGACUUUGUUGCCUAGGACGUAA